CCGCCUGAGGACGCAGAGCUUCGAGGAGGGCAGGGCUUGACCUGAGGACCCCCAGAGCUGGCGGAGGCUGGACCCCGAGGUACCCGGGGCCCCAGGCCCUGGGGUGGGGUUCCUGGAGGAGGCCCACGGGUGGCCCUUUCCCUGGGCCGGGUCAUGCGCUGCCGCAAGUGCCAGCUCUGCCUGUCAGCCCUGCUCACACUCAUGGGCCUCAAGGUGUACAUCGAGUGGACAUCUGAGCCCUGGCUUAACAAGGCUGAACCCCGGGGCCCCCAGCCCAGCCCCACACCGCCCUUCGCUGAGCCCGCCCUGCCCACCAACCUCUCGGCUCGCCUGGGUCAGACUGCGCCACUGUCCCGUGCUUACUGGAACCAUCAGCAGCACCGCCUGGGAGUGCUGCCCAGCACGGACUGUCAGACGUGGGGGGCUGUCGCUGCCUCACAGAUCUUGGACUUCUUCCUGUACCCCCAGGACCUCCAGCGCUUCUUGCUGUCGGCGGCCUGCAGGAGCUUCCCACCAUGGCUGCCGGCAGGGGAGGGCAGCCCCGUGGCCAGCUGCUCGGAUAAGGAUGUCCCCUACCUGCUACUUGCUGUCAAGUCAGAACCAGGCCAUUUCGCAGCUCGGCAGGCUGUGAGGGAGACCUGGGGCAGCGCAGCCGCUGGGACCCGGCUGCUCUUCCUGCUGGGGUCCCCGCUGGGAAUGGGGGGGCCUGACCUAAGGUCGCUGGUGACUUGGGAGAGCCAGCGCUACGGUGACCUGCUGCUCUGGGACUUCCUGGAUGUCCCCUACAACCGGACUCUCAAAGACCUGCUGCUGCUGACCUGGCUGAGCCGCCACUGCCCUGGGGUCAGUUUUGUCCUGCAAGUUCAGGACAAUGCCUUUGUGCACACCCCUGGCCUAGUGGAGCACCUGCAGACUCUGUCCCCUACCUGGGCCCGAAGCCUCUACCUGGGGGAGGUCUUCACCCACGCCGAACCGCUGCGCAAGCCUGGAGGGCCCUUCUAUGUGCCCAAGACCUUCUUUGAAGGUCACUACCCUGCCUAUGCGGGUGGCGGGGGCUAUGUCAUCUCCGGACGCCUGGCUCCCUGGCUGCUGCGGGCUGCGGCCCGCGUGGUCCCUUUCCCCUUUGACGACGUCUACACUGGUUUCUGCUUCCAGGCCCUGGGCUUACUGCCCCGCGCCCACCCAGGCUUCCUCACGGCCUGGCCAGCAGACCGCACCAGGGACCCCUGUGCCAUGCGGGGCCUGCUGCUGGUGCAUCCGGUCAGCCCCCAGGACAUCAUUUGGCUCUGGAGACACCUCCGGGGCCCAGAGCUCCAGUGCUGAACCUCAAAGCUGAGCUGGGCGGGGAGGUGCUGCCCUGGCCUGAGGCCCCCAAACCCUUCCCCGCCAAGGAUGGGCAGACUAGACAAGGUGGCAGACUCUUCUUUGAUUUGAAAAAGAUGUCCUCCCUGCUCUGAG